AAUUGCACCAUCGACCAACCGUCGACUUGUUUCAAUUUCAACCGACUUCGCAGCGUGCGCGCAGUAGCAAAUAUUUUCCAUCACAUCUACGGAGGGCUCGUACAUGUACAAUUAAGCAUAUCAAUCUGUCCGGACAAAUGUUCUAAGAGACGAAACCGCAAUUCCGUAUGUUUUCCUGCUGCGGUGCGUGCUCGUUGUCGAUCAUCCAUCAUCCAUCUACUGGCACGACACCUUUUCUUGACCUGAUCUUCGACCGGGAAGAUAUUCGACGAAGCUGCGCACAGGUCGAGUGCUGUUGUAAACUUCGGCUGGAAUAAUACCCUCUGCGACAACGCUCAUGUUAUCACUAACUCACAAAGCAGCCGAUGUUAGCAUCUUUGAUCAAGUAACCAGAAAUCUAGCUAGCAUAGGUUGCAUAUCCUUGUCAGAGUACCUAUACGGUCCCCCAUCCAUCCCAGCGGCGGCGCCACCACAGGAAACCCUGUCUACCGUUCCCCAGAAUACUCCCAUUCAACACCCGCAACCCCCACCGCCGACCAAGACCUCAGUUGACACUGUCUCAGCAAACGCUAUCAGCCGUUUACAUCAAACAUCUCAACGCGCAUUUGGAUCCAUUGAGCCACUCAAGUUUGAAUUUAUCGAGGAAGCUGGCCAGCGCAGCAAGAAAUGCAUAUUGACGAUAUCUCGUCCCAAUGGAAGCACUCGCUCUUAUGCGACCGACCCCAUCUAUUCUCGUAAAUCCGAUGCAAAAUCUGCUGCAGCCACUCUCGCGAUCGAAAUGGGCGCACUAGAUUUCAUCACUCAUGGAGAUCCUGAAGAGCUCAAACUUAAACGUGGACUCGUCCUCGCAUCUAUCAAUAGCUCACAAAACCAGGAGCGUACAGGGGCAGAGAUGGGAUCAACUGAGCAUCUAGACAGCAAUAAUGCGAUUGAACAAAUCGAAACCUGUUGUGCAGAAUGGCGGGGUAAUUCCAUCGCACCGCAUUGGGUGGCAUUGCUAGAGCCCAAAGUCGGUCACACUCAAGGAUGUGCCCUCAGAAUCGAGCUUUCACCACACGUCAUCAAGGUCUACGCAUCCGAUACCAUUUACAACACAUACAACGAAGCAAAGGUCGCGUGUGCUGAAGCCGCACUUCGCGAGGGUGCUCUCGAAUUUAUUAAACACGGAAAUGGCCAACUGCGCCCUGCAUCCCCCAAACUAUACUUAACCUCCAGUUCAUCCGACAUCAACGGUGUCUCAGCCAACAAACAACCUCCAUCGACUCUCCAGGCAUUCUACGAAUCCCUCCCCCGCCCAUUUCCAGAAUCAUUCGAAAGCAAAGACGCCAACGAGGUCGGUGCGCCUGGAUACAUGAACACCCUGGUACAAAACACAAGAGGCGGAAAACUCACCACUACAUUCAUUUUCACAUCAGACGGAACUCCAGGACUUCACGGUUGUUUCUUUCGCUUAGACAGACCCACAGAAUAUAGAGCAUACCUCGUUGAUCCCAGGUUCCCAAAACGCGCAGAUGCAAAAGCGGCUGUAUGCCUCCAAGCGCUGUCUCAGGGUGCUGGAGAUUACAUGCGCGCGAUAGGAAAGGCUGUCGAGGAGAGGGUCACGCCUUUGAUGAAAACAUGGGUGAAUGAUCAAGUGUACCCUGUCCUCUUAUCCGAGUAUCACAAAGUCAGGGGCCGGCAUCCUAAUUUUACCUAUGAGAAAGAGAAAGAUGCCUUUGGAUGCACGAUGACGCUCCACCUCGAUGCCGAUCCUACGCCCGACCAAACACGAGUUUGGACAGUAUCGAAUGACUAUCGCAACAAAGCAGAUGCCAAAGUCGCUGUCAUUUGCACUGCAAUCGAACAAGGUGCGAUGGAGUUUAUCCGGUUUCGAGGCGAGCCUCCUCCUCUCGGCUAUACCACCCCAUAUUCUCUGCAAACCUUCGACCCUGGAGCGUCUCAGAAAUCUAACGGGAAACGAAAAAUGGUCGAUGAUUCGCACUCGCUGGGUGAACAUGAAAAACCUACAAAACGACAGAAGAAAGCAAAGCUUGAGGGCGCUGCAACUAAUCACAGCAACAAGAAAGCGAAACGUAGUACCCCCGCUCAUGACAUUCCCGAGACUGGCGUCAUCCACACAGGGCAAACUUCGCGAAAGGAGUACAUCUCUGGGACUGCAUACCAUCUGCCGCAGGUGUCCUUGAAUCAUAUUCCACCUCCUAAACCUAAUCAGCGGUUUAUGCAUCCACACGUGCAUUCUUCUGUGCAAGGUGGUCAUGGGUAUUCGCUUUCGGCGCAGUCUUCUGCUGGAGCUUCGGGCACUGGGUUUGGGGCUGAUGAGUUUAUGGGCGUGGGUGCAGAGCAGCUAGGUGAUUCAUCUGAGCCAGAACCUGGGGAGGUUAUUUGAUUUCAUUGGAUCGAGCGGUGUUUGAGACGGUUCACAGUACUACUUUUGAAUCAAGGUGCAGAACUAUAGUUACACACCCACGCCACAUAGCUAUAGGUAUUCUCCUUGUUCUCUCAUAAAUCGAGGGAAUUUCGUACCUCGCACUAUGUAAGAAGGCUAUCAAUAGUUGGCCGCCACUGCAUAAUUAUCAAGACGGAACGACUGUCAUGUGGUCUGACUAG